AUGUUAUUUAAAUCAAUUAUUUCAUUAUCAUCAAAUGUUUCAUCAUCAAAAUCAUUAUUAUCAAAUGAUUCUAAUUUAAAUUCAUUUGAUUUUACAUGUAAUACUGUUUCAAAUAAAAGUUCAACAACAUACUUUACAAGACCAAACUUUGUAAACUUUUAA